ACGGAGGAGGGACACGGAGAGAUGCGCUGAUUUAGAUCAGAUUCAGUUCAUUCUCGACUGAUGCGCCGAGUUGCGAGAUCGCAGAGGACAAGACAAUUACAUUUAGUCAUUUAGCAGACGAUUUAUCCAAAGCGACUUACAAAUGAGGUAAACAAUAGAAGCAAUUGGAACAACAAAAAAGAAGACCGUACAACCGUAUGGACAUUACAUAGAUGUAUAAUCGUGAAAAUUAGUUUUUUUUUUCUAUCGUUGUAAAUUAAGUAGAUUUUCAAGUUCCAGAAAACUGGACCUAUCUUUAAGAAAGUUAAUCUUCGUGGAGCUUCAUGCACAUAUGUCUUUGUCUUGGUGUUUGAUGAAAUAAGUGUAGUUUUGGUUAUAAGUGGAGCGCUUCUGGAGAUGGCAAAGCUUUUUACGCAUUUUGGAGAGCGCAUCUGGGAGGCGAUCGGACACAAAUCGCAUUGAACUCUGUUUUGAAACAGUUUAACGUAGACUUCAAGUUGUCAGCAUUUUAUUUUUGUAUUGUAGCAUUGAAUUUAGUUGCUUAUUUGGACGCUUCUGCGCCCAGUGGGCAUCUCAUUAAGACUGGAGAUGAGAUUACGCGCUUUUUUAACUGACUUACUGUAAGUAAAAACGGGUUGUUCUCAUUACGUAAUAUUUUAAGGAAGCAUUUCUUAAUUAAAGCGGCGACUUCCGAACUACAAAACCAGUAUAACACGUAUAGAAAUAGUUUUUUUGGAAACUGUCUAUUUUUAUCGGACUUUGGACAUACUGAUUGGACUUCUGGUAAGGUGCUCUUGUGUUGUUGUUUUUUCUUGUGAAGGAGAGCACUUGGAGAAUGCCAUUCUGUGCCAUAAAGAGCCUUUUUACUCAUUACAGUGUUGGUGGUUUUCUGAAAGGAGGAAUGUUUUUGGAAGGAUUAAGCUAGCUGACAUUGAGUUAUAAGCCUGCAUCUGCCUUACACAAGUUAAGCCUGAAACCUGGACUGAAAAUGACUGCAUUUCCUGACGUUUCGUCUCGGUCAGAGACCGGCAUUGAAAUACGCAACCAGAGCUAUCCUCCGUAUUCCCCUGAAGCCACCGCUGCGUUUGCCACAGCCAUGAUGCUCGUAAUGCUCUUUACCAUCUUUGGAAACAUUCUGGUAAUCAUCGCCGUUCUGACGUGCCGUUCUCUGCGAGGGCCGCAGAAUCUUUUCCUGGUCUCACUGGCCGCAGCAGACAUCCUGGUGGCCACAUUAAUCAUCCCAUUUAACCUAGCCAAAGAACUCAUGGACUACUGGUACUUCACAUCGGUUUGGUGCGACAUCAUCUUGGCGCUCGAUGUGCUCUUCUGCACCUCCUCCAUCAUACACCUGUGUGCCAUCAGCCUGGACCGAUACCUUUCUGUCUCACGGCCGAUGCAGUACGGCACCCAGCGCACUCCUCGCAAGAUCAAAGCGGCCAUUCUGGUGGUGUGGCUCAUCUCUGCUGUCAUCUCAUUCCCCCCUCUUAUCUCCAUGAACAAAACCCAGGAGCCCGAGGGAGGGGUUGGCCCACAAUGUGAACUGAAUAAUGAGCCGUGGUACAUCCUCUACUCCUCUAUCGGGUCCUUCUUCGCUCCCUGCCUCAUCAUGAUCCUGGUGUACGUUCGCAUCUACCAGAUCGCCAAGAAGCACACGCGAUGUCCUCCAGGAGAGCCCAGGAAGGAUGGAGCGGGUGCCAUCCCACAGGCAGCAGUCCAAAGAGGCUCACUAGACAACGGCAAAGCACAAGGAGGUGUCAAUCAUGUGAAUGCCUCGUCCUCCAGCCAGCCUGCUCUCAAAACCGAAACGGCUACGUACCAGCCGCAUCUACCCGCCGUCGAAACCCAGCAGCAGAUGAAACCCCCGAAGAAGAAAGGGGGAAACAACAACGAGGACAGUUCAAGCUCUGGCUCAGACGGAGAGGUUGCCAACGGGACGACCUCCAAUGUAAGGGCGCUGGAACCCGGCCACCAAACCUCACCCACCCAGACGUACAGGAACGUAAUCGCUACAUCAAAGGGCAGCCAGCUGGCCUCGCCAAACAUCCCGCAGACACCAGCCGGGACGCCAAACACCAGGAAAAAAGCCAUGAUCAUUCGAGAGAAGCGCUUCACCUUUGUUCUGGCGGUUGUUAUUGGAGUUUUCGUCAUCUGCUGGUUUCCAUUCUUUUUCACCUACAGCUUGACAGCUGUUUGUCCGGAGGCCUGUAAAGUGCCCAAACCCCUGUUUAAAUUCUUCUUCUGGAUUGGCUACUGCAACAGCGCCCUGAAUCCGCUCAUCUACACCGUCUUUAACAGGGACUUUCGGAAAGCAUUCGAAAAGAUUUUGUGCAAAAAGUGUAAAGGUUGUUUUUUUUAAGAAAUCGACAUUUCUGUAUAGAGCAGUGAUUCUUCUGAAAGUGAAAAAAAAUUGUCAUAAAGAAAUGAAAGGCCCACUAUCAUUUCUUACGAUGUGAAAUAUGUAUGAUAUUCAAGCAUCCCCACUACCCCAUAUAAUUAUCAUUACUGUCUCGUGUCCAGAUAUCCAAAAUCACAACAAAUGUUGUAGUGGUAUUAAGUCUAAAUAACAAUAAGAAAUUGGAUUUUUGAAAACUCUGAUUUUGGGGUGAAAUACUGUAAAGCCUGGUCAUGGUGCGGACAGAGUUCAGAACAUUCACAGUUAGUGUACAGAUUUGAUGAUUCUUUUACUUUUCUGGACUGUUCUCAUCUUUUUGAGAUUCUUUCAAAGUUUCUUAACUGAUCACUUUCUUUUUGCAUCAUAUCAAAGAAGCUCAAAAGUCUCUCUGGAUAUUAGUGUUGCACUUUCAAACACAAAGCGGCUCUUUUUUCUUUCUUGGGACAUACCUUUGGCUGUGGUGCACUGCGAGAUCACAGAGCGGCAUGUCAGAAGAUUUCAGAGAGCUUCUCUUCAUCUCUGGGGGAGAGCCGGGAGCUCGGAUAGGACGUGUCUAGAGCAGGAUAAAUGUAUAGGUCUAAAAUACAGUUUGAACAUUCUCUGCUUGGAUUAAAAGCAUGGCCUGAUCUCUGGCUGGUUUAGUUGUUUUUCUGCUUGCAGAUAUCAGUAAUGAGCGACAUGGAUUUCCUGAAAUCCAGACAGGAGAGAAGUCUGCUUAGUCUCUUAUGGCUUAAUUUGACUGGUUCUGAUCGAGACAAAUGGACUUUGGGUUUGGAGCGUGACUCUCUCCCGACUGUCAGAACCCCUCGUGGUGUAGAAAGAAGAGAGGGCAAUUAUGUAAAUGAAUUAUGCACUGAUUAAUGCCUCUUGAUUCAAUUUUAUUACUUUAUUGCUGUUGCAAGAAUGCUUGUGUGCUUUGAGUUCAAUUCUAAAUGGUGUGUGUGUGCGUGUGUGCGUGCGUGCGUGCGUGCGUGAUAGAGAUAGAGAUCAGAUAAUUGGCACUAGGCAUGUACCAGCAUGUCUUUAUCUAUAAAACUGCAUUUUUAAAAAAAAAAUCCAUUUGGUGUCCUACUAAAAUGAAUUGUUGUCAUAUGCCAAAUGUGUUUGUGCAAAUAAAUUUACUUUAAGUCAUUGAAUAAUUUUCAUUUAAACUACUCUAGUGAGUACUAUAAAUGUGAAAAUGGUUUAUGGUAAUGUCUUAAUUCAGAUUAUUUUGAAAUGUUUAUUAUGUCAAUUGUGUUGCCCUGGAUUAUACUGUGAUUGCAGUUCAUGUUAUGAUGACCCAAAAUGUAUACAUAAUUUUAUCUAACUGUAACUUAAUAUUUUCACUUUUACUGUAUUUUUAGUUAAAGGAACCGUUCACCCAAAAACGAAAAUUCUGUCUUUAUUUACUCUGGAGUUCUGAUGAACACAGAGAAAGAUAUUUGGAAGAAUGCUUGUAAGCAUUGACUAGUAGGAAAAUUGCUUUAUACAUUUAUUUGUUCUGUUGAACACAAAAGAAGAUAUUUUGAAGAAUGUAGGAAAGCAAACAGUUCUGGGGCACUUUUGACUGCCAUUGUCAUUUUUUCUACUAUGGUAGACAACGGCGCCAAAGUAUACUGUUUGGUUACACGCAUUCUUAUAAAUAUCUUUUUCUGUGUUCAUCAGAACAAAGAAAUUGAUAAAGAUUUGGAACAACUCGAGGGUGAGUAAAUGAUGACAGAAUUGAGAUUUUUGGCUCUGGCAGCUGAGGUUAACUUAAAAAAAGAGAUUUUGUAACCUUAUAUCUGUGCUGAGCUGCUUGAGUCCUCUUGUCUGAAAAGUUUUGUGUUGAUAAUACAUGAUUAAAUAUGGUUCGAUAUAUUUCGCUUAUCAGAAUCACCACUACUAUAAUUGGUAAGCUUAUCUUGUAGCUUCUCGGCAAGAUUUUGUGUAUUCAGUUGACGUUCCUUCAUGCAAUUUAUUACCAUUUGCGCCGAUCUUCUCCCAACACGAGGUCAAAUAAACAUUCUCUUAAUUCCGGAUGCUUUGAUUUCGUUUCAUUACAUCUGCCGGCAAAAUCUGUUGUUGGCAGCUGUUCAUAUUUUCAUGCGUGGAGUUGCAUUUUAAUUUCGCGAAACG